AUGCCCUCUAACAAGCAUCACAACAAUAAGCCUUGCCGCAACUGGGAAGAGACUGGCGGCUCAAUUAAGCAGGCUUCCCUCACAGGUGGCACAGUGUCUGCUUCGCCAUUCGGUGGCAGCGGCGCAGGCAGGCAAGUGUCUGGGAACCCUUUCGGAGCUACAGCCACACCGGCACCAACUCCCUUUGGUGCUGGCAACGUCACGGCACCAAGUCCUUUCGGUAGUGGUAACGUCGCGGCGACGACUCCCUUUGGUGUUGGCAACAUCACAUCGUCGUCGCCGACUCCUCCUACAUUUGGCGGCACACCAGGUGGUGGUUCUGGACCGUUCGGGAGCUCGAAGCCUGUAACAUUUGGGGCGGCCGCUUUUGGAAGCUCACAACCAUCGGCGUUUGGUAACGCAAUGGGGACGAAGCCAAGUCCCUUUGGGAAUACUACAUCGGGUGUAUCCCCGAGUCCUUUUGGUGGUGGUGCAGCAACCCAACCAUCACAAUUCGGGCAAUCGCCUUCACAGUUGAGCAACGCGAACCCCUCUGCUUCAACUCUUGGGAAUCUGACUGCACCUGCCACAACCAUAGUGCCACCAUCCGGCGUUUUGCCUGCCGCUACUGUUGUUGGGAAUCUGGUACCGGACGAGAGCAACCGGAAAAUGAGAGAAAACAUCGCAACCGCGUUGAACAAGGGCGAGCUUUACCCUUUGUCGUCCUUUGGACCGGAUGGUCAGGGCAACCUGACGCCGCCCGGCAUCGACGUCAGCUUCGAAGAGCUUCGGUAUGAGGACCCUCAGAACCAGCAUUUACGAGACACUAUCGCCAAGACGGAAGCAAGUCUCGAGAAGAUUAUUUCUAAGCCCGCUCUGUCGAAAUACUUUGGUAUUGAGGGAACGGCGAAAUCGGUAUCGCCUUUCAGCGGAAAUGCUGUCGCUCCCUCACCGUUUGGAGGAGCAUCUGCCCAGACUAAAUCAUCGCCCUUCGGUCCUGCAGCGGGGCCGAAGCCCUCGCCAUUUGGUGCAACACCAGCAGCUACCUCAACAACAUCCCCGUUUGGUGGAUUCGGAAGCAGUCAAUCCUCUGCAACGGGCUCUUUCGGGGGAUUUGGUAACGCCUUCGGUGGCAAGCCAUCGUCAUUCGGUGCCACUAGCGGGCCCUUUGGUGCAACUCAACAGUCCUCGCUUCUCCCCACGUUGUCAUGGCCGGACAGCUUGGUGGUUCGGCCUGGAAUUCCUUCGAACAAGAUGCCAUCAUGGAUUCCCCGAACACCUUUAAAUCUACUGCCUGAGAUCAAACCGUCGAAGGGGCUAUCGGAGGAAGAUAUCGAACGUUACAAGAAUGCGGAAUUCUCUUUGGAUGCAUUUCCGUCUCUGCCCCCUACCAUUGAGCUACUCACCUUCACGGAUCGAUACGCUCCCUGCCUUACACGAGGAGCUGCGAAAGUGAACCUCCACGACUAUGAAUCGGGCGUGGGUGUGAGGCUGAGCAGCAAGCUGAGAUGGUCCCACACUGAUCGAGUAGCGUUCGAGAGGCUCGAUGUUCUACUCAAGUACACGCCUCUCUUGAAUCUUUUCCGAGGGUAUCUGGCGUUGGCAACAAUCAAUCGACAUAUCAAGACGUUGCCUGUGGGUUACACCGAUGAGUGGCUUGCAAUAAAAGCAGAGAUAUCGGAAGAGGUUGCCGUCGUUAAAGCAAUUUCCGCGGAAUGGUCGGAGAUAAGGCGAGCUUGUGCUUCGAGGCCACCUGGAGCUCCACCCCAGCCGCAUGUACUCGCGGAUGAUGAGGAGAUGGGCUCCGAUUUAGAUGGAUCAGUGGAUGCUAGCCCUAUAGCAGAAGGUCGGGACGCCAGUCGUGGAAACAGCUCGAGGAACUACAGCAAGCCUUGGUUGCAGCCUCUUCCUCCACAGGCUCACGAGAGUGCAUCAAAUGGAGGCACCAGCGACAACGGUGGAGGAAUAUGGAGCGCCUGUGAACGGCGGGGGUUCCUCGAGCAUGUCUACGGCCCUAGUGGUGAAGGCCCAGAUGCUGACCUCAUCAUGAUGCUCGAACGAGAUUGCGUCGAGAAGAAUCCCCAGAUCGGAUGGAGCUCGAUAUCCGGUCUAGAGUCUGCGCGGCAACUCCUCGAAGAGGCAGUUGUGCUACCCUUAUUGAUGCCGGAAUAUUUCCAAGGUAUUCGGCGGCCGUGGAAAGGCGUUCUAUUAUUCGGCCCACCUGGCACUGGUAAAACGAUGUUAGCGAAAGCGGUAGCCACUGAGUGCGAUACUACCUUCUUCAAUGUAAGCUGCAGCACAGUCACCAAUAAAUACCGCGGGGACUCGGAGAAGCUCAUACGGUUACUCUUCGAGAUGGCUAGAUUCUAUGCCCCGACUACAAUUUUCUUUGAUGAAAUCGAUUCUAUAGGUAGCAAACGUGGAGACCCUGGGGAGCACGAGGCUUCGCGGCGGGUGAAGAGCGAGCUGCUGGUACAGAUGGAUGGUUCGGGGUCUGCGGAAGAUGGAGCGUCCCCGCCUAAAACUGUCAUGGUACUAGGCGCGACAAAUCACCCCUGGGAAAUCGACGAGGCCCUUCGACGACGACUUGAGAAACGUAUAUAUAUCCCCCUGCCUGACGAGGAGGCGAGGCUUGGCAUGUUCAAGGUGAAUUGUUCCAGUAUAAAGCUCGCUAGUGACGUGGAUUUCCGACGGCUCGUCAAACGAACGGAGGGGUAUUCUGGUGCUGACAUCUGUAGUGUUUGCAGAGAGGCUUCUAUGAUGAACCUGAGGGAUAGAUUGAGGAAGGCUCGGACAAAGGGAGCGACCAAAGGUGGGCUUGAUGUCGAUCGAUUACGAGCUGAGGUUGAAGGACGACCCGUAACUAUGGGUAACUUCGAGCAAGCGGUGAAGAACGUACAGAAGUCGGUCGGAACCGAGGACUUGAGAAAAUUUGAGGACUGGAUGCGCGAGUUCGGAUCGUCAUAA